CUCUCGUUGAAAUUCGUGUCUUCUCGCGUGAAGAAGCCUGUCCAAGUUGUCGGUUUUUGUAAAUUUGCAAGAUCAUGUUGACACAAGUAGUUGUUGGAAGCCUGCGCUCCGCUGCCAGGAGAUGUGUGGCGACGACAUUGAGACGCAACAUUGGCAUGAGUGCCGUGGUGUACCAAAAGGUCAACAUGGACCCGAUUCAAAAAGCUUUUGUUGACAAGAUCCAUGCUUAUGCAACAAAAAGCAAGGCAGCUGGCGGCAAAUUAGUGGAGGUGACUCCAGAAUUUGAACAACAGAUGAAGUCUGAUUUGUUGAAAAUAGAAAAACAGUACGGAGCUACUGGAAAAGAUAUGACCAAAUUCCCAGAAUUCACUUUCACAGAUCCUGAACUAGAAAAAGUCGACCUUGGCCUAACACAGGAGGAGAUACAGGCACAAAUGGAAGCCAAGACGAAGACGAAAUUAACGGAGGAUGUGGAGGAAGGCGGUCAGGACGAGGAAAAUAUACCGUACUUCGAUAAAUACUAGAAAGAUGCCUAUGGACAUUUUGUAAAUUAGAUAUACUGUGUAGGCGCCAUGUAGCCAGUUUGCUGCGUCUGCUUCUGAUUGGCCUAUACACGGGAUAUGGACCUUUUGUGCAGGGGCCGCUCAACUGGCUUAAUAGCGUCAAGACAGUCAAUCAACUAUUUGUAGACAGCAGAUGGACUGUGGAGAAAAUGUUUUUCCUGACUUUUUGUAUCUUGAAAAAUAUAGUGCCUUGACGUUGUAGAGAUUUAUCAAUCCGAUUCAACUGGUUUGGCACACUUUCCCCCAAAGAAUUCUGACUACAUGUAGCUAUCUCGGAACGAGUUAAAUCCCAGACCCUGAUGUAUCGAUCUGAAUAAUUUUGGCCAGGAAUAAGUUUUCUCUCCAAGCUGUCGCAGUCUUCAAGAGUUGAAAUGAGUUGUACAGAUUGUAUGAAUAGUACGAGUGGAAGUACUGAAGUUACAGAGUGAGAAGAUUUGAAAACAGGCAAAGUGUAGAUUUUCCCCUAUCUGAUAAGUUCUAUAUGAUCGGAUAUGGAGUGUAAUUGAUUUGAACCAUCUUUGAAUCCAUCUGUGCAGUGACUCCUUUGUGUCAUAACAUCUUAAAGGAAUUGAAGACUUGUGACAUAAGUUAUGUAGCGUUGCGAUUACUUUGUGUAAAAUAAAUCAUAAAAGUUA